UGGAGGACGAGCAGUGAUUGGUUUACGACUGUCAUCGACUCUAACCAAUAGAAGAGGAGCACGCUCUCUUAAAAGCUGACUGUUGAGUUUUAGCGGUAUUAUUUCUGCAUCCGUCUGUAGAAACAAGCGGUUUACGAACAUCAUCAUGAGUGGACGAGGUAAAACCGGUGGUAAGGCCAGAGCAAAGGCUAAGACUCGCUCCUCCAGAGCAGGACUUCAGUUCCCGGUCGGUCGUGUUCACAGACUUCUCCGCAAAGGAAACUACGCCGAGCGCGUCGGUGCCGGUGCUCCGGUUUAUCUGGCCGCUGUGCUCGAGUACCUGACCGCUGAGAUCCUGGAGUUGGCCGGAAACGCCGCUCGGGACAACAAGAAGACCCGUAUCAUCCCCCGUCACCUGCAGCUGGCGGUGCGUAACGACGAGGAGCUGAACAAACUCCUGGGCGGAGUGACCAUCGCUCAGGGCGGCGUGCUGCCCAACAUCCAGGCCGUGCUGCUGCCCAAGAAGACCGAGAAACCCGCCAAGACCAAAUAAACAUUCUAAUUUGUUUCUAAAAUUCAA